UUAGCUUAAAAUAAAGCUUGACUCAUUUGGUCAACUAACAUUUCACAAGACAUUUCAGUCUUAUUAAUGUUAUCAGAGAAUCUAGACGAAAAGUUUAGAGCUUAUCGGUAAUUAAAGUUGAUUAAAAAUAAAUUCUUUUCAGACUAGCGAAGCUGACAUGGAACGAAGAGUAUUUUUUGGAAACUUCUUUCAUAGUUUAUCAUUUCAAAGGUCAGAAAGUGUUUUAAAUGGAUUCAUUGCAAUUGAAGAUGGAAAAAUUGUUGCAGUAGGAGAGAAAUCGUCUUAUGAAACAUGGAAUCAUCCAAACAAGAAAGAUUUUGAAGAAGUCCAAUUAACUGAAACUCAAUUCUUUCUUCCUGGUUUUGUUGACACUCACAUUCAUGCUCCUCAAGUUCCAAACAUCGGUCUUGGCUUAGAUAAACCUCUAAUGGAAUGGCUCAACGAAUACACGUUUCCAUUAGAAAGUCAAUACAAAGAUAAGAACUUCGCGAAACAUGUUUUUAAUAAAGUUGUUAGGAGAACUCUCAAUAGUGGAACAACAACAGCUUCUUAUUUCGGAACAAUUCAUAAAGAUGCUUGUAAGGUUCUUGCAGAUGAAGCACUUGCUAUGGGUCAGCGAGCAUUCAUCGGUAAAGUUUCAAUGAAUCAAUACAGUCCAGAGACAUACGUGGAAACAUUUGAAGAAUCUAUCAAAGAUAACAUCGAAGUGAUUGAAUAUAUUCUGAGUUUAAAAUCAGAUUUGUUAUCUUUCAUAAUAACACCAAGAUUUGCAAUCACUUGCAGUAUGGAUUUGUUGAAGCAAUUGGCGGUGAUCGCUGAUAAGUACAAAUUGCCAAUUCAGUCGCACAUUUCAGAAAAUCUUGAUGAAAUUAAGUUCACAAUGGAGUUGUUUCCGGGACAUGACAAUUAUGCUCAAGUUUAUGAUGUAGCUGGAUUACUCACAAAUAAAUGCAUCAUGGCUCAUGCGGUUCAUUUGACUGAUGAUGAAGUAAAAUUGUUUGCCGAACGAGGAACGUCAGUCGCUCAUUAAGAAAAUUCCCAAUACGAGCCGCUUGACUACAAACAAGCGCUUUAUUUAGCAACUCUUGGAGGUGCUGAAGCUCUUUCAAUUGACGAACGAAUUGGAAACUUUAAAAUUGGAAAAGAUUUUGAUGCCAUUUUAAUUGAAACUUAUUCAGGUGCUGUAGAUAAAUUUAAUCUUCCAAAUGCUUUGACAGCUUCGUUGACUGCGGAAAAAAAAUUCCAACAACUUGUACAGAAGUUUUUAUAUACUGGAGACGAUCGAAAUAUUCUUAAAGUUUUCGUCAAAGGACGUCAAGUUAAAGAAUAA